GCUACGGGAGUCCGCAGCCGGCGUAGGUUCAGUUGGUAGCAGUACGCACAACGAGAAGCAUUACCAUGGCUGAUAUCUCUAAAGACGAGAUCCGUAAGGAGAUCACCGCAAUUUUAAAAGAUGCAGACCUUACUACAAUGUCAGCGAAGAAAGUAAGACAACAGAUAGAAAAAAAGUUAGAUGUAGAUCUCACAGCAAGAAAGGAGGAAGUAGAUGAUUUAGUUAUGGAGUGUUUACAAGAAAAGCAAGACGGCGGAAAGAAAAAGAAGAAGGCUGCUAGUGAAGAAUCAGAAGACGGAGAGGAGGAAGAGGAAGAAGGUUCAGAGGAAGAAGAAGAGGAGGAGGAAAAGAAGCCUGCAAAGAGAAGUCCAACUAAGAAAACAUCCAGUAAGCGUAAGAAGGAUUCUUCUGCUGAUGAAGAAAGUGCUAGUGACGAAGAUGCCAGCGACGAAGAGUAUAGUCCACAAAAGCCAAAGGCUACACCUAAGAAAGGAAAACCUGGUAAAAAGGGUAAGAAAAAAGGUAGCGAUAGUGAUAGCGAUGAAGAUUGGGGUAAAAACAAAAAGGCUCCUGGAAGCACUGCUAAGAAAGGUGGCGGUAAGGGCAAGGGUGGAGGAUAUACUCGUGCUAUUACAUUAUCUCCUGAAUUAGCAGCUGUUGUGGGUGCCGAUCAAAUGGCUCGACAUGAGGUUGUUAAGAAAGUAUGGAGUAUUAUCAAAGAAAGGAAUCUUUAUGACCCGAAAAACAAACAAUUUGCAAUCUGUGAUGACGAAUUGAUGAAAAUAAUAGGUGUUAAGCGUUUUAGAACCUUUGGAAUGAUGAAGUACCUCAAAAAUCACUUUUUAAAUUAAAUCACUCAAUCCCGAUCUCUGACAGGUUAUAAACAUUGUAUAACAUAUUCCAAGGCGAACUGUGCGCCUCCAUCUUUCUCACACAAUACAUGCAUAAAUACAUAUACAUGAAAACACAAAACAUAUUUGCGAAUAAGACUAGCCAUGUUUACAUCA